AUGGACCCCUUCAAACCCUCUCAGGAUGAUCCACCUCCGCCUCCGCGACCCGCUGAUAACAGCCAAAACAAUCAGCCCACCAUGGAUCAGUCCAAUCGUGAUCUGACAGACUCUUUGAAUCGCCUCACUCUUGCAAGUGCCGCCGCGAUUCCUCUCCCAUCCUCUCCAUCCCUCUUAUCUCCUGAAGAUGCCACACCGCGCGCCUCGCUCGCAAACACGCCCGCGCCGCCGCGCACUCCCAGCUCCAGCUCACUGCGCGACGAGCGCCGCAAGUCGACACCCUCCCUCCAGAAGCGCGCGUCCGCUGCAUCUUUGCGCUCCAUAUCUGCCAACACCGGCUCCUCUUCUCCCCUGGCAGACUCGUCGCGUCGCUCUUCCGCCAACUUGGCGGGGUCACCGACCGCCACCGCGUCGUCCGCAAUAAUGCCCCAGCGGCUCGCGUUCCCACCGGAGCCCCAGCUCCCCACGGCAGCGUCGAUCGCGGCAGAACACUUCCAAAAAGAGUUCGACCUGCACCACGUUGUCGAUCUCAAAUCUAAAACUGCCGUGAUUGUUCACGACGCCUGCUACGGCCAUCGCUUCUCGCGCCCCCGUACUACAAAGACCUACCUUUCCCAGAUAGUCGAGAGGCCGGAGCGCAUUCGCGCCUGUGUGCUGGGGAUUUCUGCGGCCUAUGUCCGUCUUGGACGUCGAUAUGCAGGCGAACGGUAUGCGCCGCACCCAGAUCUAGAUGUGCACAUGUUGCCGCCUCCGCCGUUCCAGAUUCGCAAGACAUCGCGCAAGUUGGCUCUUUCAGACAGUGCUGUGACGAAUGUUCAUGGGACUCAGUGGAUGACUGAUCUGAAGAGUAUGUGCGAUGUUGCCGAGUCACGUCUGGCUUUGGUUGGCAAGGAACUGGUUAAGCCGCCGGGGCCCAAUGGCCAGGAAGCCAGUGGAUCUGCUCUUCAUGAGGGAGACCUCUACCUAUGCUCGGAAUCUUUGAAUGCUUUCGAGGGUGCUCUUGGUGGUGUUUGCGAAGGCAUCGACACAGUCCUCGGACCGGGCCCGACAAAGCGUGCAUUUGUUUGUAUCCGACCUCCGGGUCACCAUUGCUCAGCGGACUGGCCGUCAGGGUUCUGUUGGAUCAAUAAUGUCCACGUAGGCAUUUCAUAUGCGGCUUUGAAUCAUGGUUUGACGCACGCUGCCAUUCUCGAUUUCGAUCUGCAUCAUGGAGACGGCUCCCAAGAUAUUACUUGGAACCACAAUUACAAGGCGGCGACUGCUCCGCGCAAUGCUGCUCCUCACAAGAAGACAGCCAUCGGAUAUUACAGUCUGCAUGAUAUCAAUUCUUAUCCGUGCGAGGCCGGUGAUCCGGAUAAAGUGCGCAAUGCGAGCGUUUGUCUCGACGGUGCGCAUGGGCAGUCUAUUUGGAAUAUUCAUCUGGACACCUGGGAAACGGAAGACGAGUUCUGGACUCUUUACCGGACCAAGUAUCUCGUCUUGCUUGAGAAGGCACGGAAGUUCCUCCGACAGCACACUCAGCGACUCUCCGCAAACCCCAAUGGCCCGCGUCCCAAAGCGGCCAUUUUCAUUUCGGCAGGAUUCGAUGCGAGCGAGUGGGAAAGUACCGGCAUGCAACGACACAAGGUCAAUGUGCCAACCGAGUUCUACGCGCGUUUUACUGCAGACGUCGUUCGAAUGUCUCAGGAAGAGGGUCUCGGUGUUGAUGGUCGGGUCAUCAGUGUGCUGGAAGGUGGAUACAGUGACCGAGCUUUGAUGAGCGGUGUUCUCAGUCACAUCUCUGGGCUGGGAAGCGAAUCAGCCGAUGACCGCUUGGCCUCUGCCAUGACUAGUGGGAUGAACAUCACCGAGAUCAGCCCCAAGGAUACUACUCAACAGCCUCCAGCUCAUGCCGACUACGAUAAAGAGUGGUGGUCUCCGUCCUUACUUGCCGAAGUGGAGGCACUUGUGGAUCCUCCUCCCAAGCAGAUCAAGCGUGAAACGUCCUCAACGCUGUUCAAUGAGACAGACUCCUUUAAAGCCAAGAAAGUCAAUCUUCAGGACCGCAAAUCUUUCAGCUCCCCUGGAAUGGGCCCGCGUCCAAGUAUCCCACCACUGCCUGAAGUUGGCUGGGCUACUGCAACCCAUGAAUUAUCUAAGAUUCUUAUUCCUUCACAUAGGCAGACGAAGAGCUGUCGACCCGAAGAAUUGAACGCCGAGGCUUCUCGUCAGCGCCGUGAUCGUCAGGUGGCACUCGAUGGUGGUAUCAACCCUGCCAUCAUCCCUCCACCACCGCAAGUACCAAGCACAGAGGAAAAGCGACAGCUUCGCGUUCGGAAGACCAAAUCUCCAACCCCUUUCUCUCCCAGACCUGCCACUCCGCGCCAGCAAGCGAUGCGCAACAAGAACCGCAGAAGAACCAUUGAUGCAAACGAGCUUCCAGACCCAUCCCGAGAAUCUUCUCCAUCCCUGGAUGCCAGUCGCAGAAAGAGUGCAACCCACGCUGCGCCCACCGGUCUUGACCUGGCCAGUACCAUCGACGAUAAGACCACCGAGAAUGGGCCUGCUACCCCUUCGAAAUCUCCGGUGAAGCCCACCUCGAGAAAAACCAGUGGUGGUUCGCGACCAGGUACUCCCAGACGCACAGCCAGUCCUCGAAAGGCCCCUCCCGUGCCCAAAGUGCCCACGGCCUUCAUGCCUUCAAAACUUUCCGGUGAAGUGACCGCGCCGAAGGACGAUAACAUGGACAAACUCACAAGUGGCCUUCAGCGAGUCAAAUUGUCCAUGCCGAAGCUACUUAAUAAUAUGCCGGACCCUUCAAGGGGAAACGGACCCGCACGCCCACCUCCCAGUUUCGCUUCACCUGCUUUCCCCCCAACCCAACCCCAAGGCCAUCCACGGGGCCCAAUGCAAGCCCUGCCGGUCUUCACGUCCAGCAGCCCCAUUCCCUUCGCCACGCCAGAGACGCAAACCCCCAACCAGGGACAACCCCGUCCUCCCCCAACGUCCGCGCCUGAAACCCCUCAAAACCCGGGCUCUCAGGACUCACGUCCUUUCUACCCGCUGUGA